AUGGCCAAUGGCAUCCGCUUUUCCAUCACCGACCUCUCACCACCGACAACGAGAAUUCUACCUACACUGUACACCUCUCGCGCUGGAAUCUCACUCUACGAUGCGCAAUACUCUUCCACCGGCACACGCAUCCCCAUCCCAGACCAGACGAUCCAAAAAGUCGUCGACAAACUCAUGCACUUCAAACGCACAUGCAGCGAUUUUUGCGUGCCCGAGCAAAACAUUACAGUACUCGCCACCGAAGCCACCAGGACGGCAGUAAACUCUGAAGACUUUAGGGCCGCAAUCAAAGACAAGACUGGAUGGGAGGUCAAGAUGUUGAAGAAGGAGGAUGAGGGCAAGGUGGGUGCGUUGGGUGUAGCGACGAGUUUGGGCGAGGUCAAGGGACUGGUUAUGGAUCUGGGGGGUGGGAGUACGCAGUUGACUUGGUUGGUUAGUGAUGCGAAGACGGGAGAGAUCAAGAUGCCCGAGGGAGGGGCGGUGAGUAUGCCGUUUGGAGCUGCUGCGCUGAGUAGGCGAUUGCAAGAAGCUGAACAUGCAGGAGAGAAGGCGAAGAACGCGUUGGAGCAGGAGGUCAAGCAGACCAUCACUGAAGCGUUCAACAGCUUGAGUAUCCCUCACGAGCUGCAAGAGUUGGCGAAAGAGCAGGGAGGUUAUGCCUUGUACCUCUCCGGCGGCGGGUUUAGAGGCUGGGGCUUUGUGCUCAUGAGCGAGCACGCCGUGUCUCCAUACCCCAUUUCUCUGAUCAACGGCUUCUGUGCGGACAGAAGCUCUUUCUUGGAUACGACGUCUGUCAAGGCCGCGGUAUCCUCACACCUGGAUGAACAAGACGACAGCGCCAUUUUCCGCAUUUCUCAACGACGAGCCACCCAAGUGCCCGCCGUGGCUUUCCUGGUCACCGCAUUAUCACAAGCCCUUCCGCACAUCAAAGAAGUUCGUUUCUGUCAAGGCGGCGUCAGAGAAGGCCACCUCUUCUCCAAUUUACCUCGACAAGUACGCGCUCAAUCGCCAGUAGUGGUCGCCACCACCUCUCACGCGACACCCGGAUCUGCUCACCACGCAAACCUCCUGCUGUCCGCCAUCCCUUCUGAUACGCUUGCUUCUACGGGGUUGACGCCUGCUCUCCUCACCGCGUUUGCAAAUCUUUCCNCCCACUAUUCGUCGCAUCCAAAGGAUAUCCGUGCAGCGGCGGCUCUGAGGUCGACGACUACUGGAUUACUUGCCCAAGCCCACGGUCUUUCUCAUCACGAACGCGCUUGUCUGGCUUUACUGCUCUGUCACCGUUGGGGCGGUUCUCGCGAUCUUCCUCCCGUGGAUACACCUUUCUUUUCCUCUUUGCAGGCACUCAUCGGUGCGGCAACGUCUUGGUGGUGUGGAUACCUUGGUACCGUGGCCGCUCUCAUCGGUGCGGUAUAUCCUUCCGGCAGAGGUAAUGAGGUCAUGGCUCUUUCCUCUGCGUGGAGUACUUCUCACAAGCACGGAGAGAAAAUGUUGGUACUCAGCACAAGAGAUAAUCAAGCUUCCUCUUCUCUCCACUCCAUCGUACCAGACGAAAUGGAAAAAGUCGAAAAGUGUGGCAAGAAGAAGAAUUGGGUUGGUGGCAAAGAGGGCUAUGGGUUCAAAGUUCAGGUGCAGUAA